AUGAACUUUUCAAAAAAAAGUUCAUGUUCAACACAUCACAAGCAUCGUUAUGUACCACCAUAUGAACGAUUAUUACGAAGAAAUCAAUUAUGGAAGUCUCAAAAGGUGAAACAAGAACAAGACUUACAAGAAGAAUGUCGGACAGGAAAAUUAACACCAUUUCAACAACCUCAAAAUUAUUUAUGUUAUUUUAUACAUGAACAAACUGAUAUCUUUAAAAUGGACGAAUUAUCUAUUGGACUUAAUGAUCAAGCAACGGUGGACGAAGUAGAAAAAUUAUUACAUGAUCGGAUGUUUACAAAACAACAUUAUCAUCGUUUAUACAAGUAA